AUGGUUGUGAAUAAUAAUAAUCGAAAUUAUUACUUAUCAACUAUAUUAUUUUCAUCCAUUAUUUUAUUAUCAUAUUUAUCAUCAUUUUCCAAUGCAGCUUUAACAACCCUAGAAAUUGAAUCGAUAGAGUGGUUACAUUCAUUUUAUCAAACAUCAUGGACUGAUUUUGCCAAUGUUUGUACAAAUGGAGCCAUUGGUAUUACAUGUACUGCCCCAAAUGGAAAUAUUAAAUCAAUUUUUCUUGAUUCCAAUGCCAUUGGAAUUCCAACUACAACAUCAGCUACAACAGCAACAACCAAUACAACAACAACAGCAACUGGUUCAAGUUUAACCUCAUCAACAUCAACAGGAACACCUCUAACAACAGGAACACCUCUAACAACUUCAUUACCAAUGGCAAUUGGAGGAGCUCUUGGAACAACUAGUACGUCAUUGACUACCACACCGGCAGCAAUCACUUCUGGACCAGUUACCUCUAUGCCAGCAUUAACAUCAACGACUGCAACAUCAUCGGGACCAGUCUCACCAGCAAGUGUAUAUGAAAGUUAUUCAACAACCACUUCAACCUCUGGAGGUAUUGGUGGACCAUUAUUAUUACAAUCCUCCUCUCAAACUUCUAAUCUUCCAAUCCCCAUUCAACCAAUUACAACCUAUGAUCUACCAGCACUUAGUCAAGAACUUACAUUCCCCUAUUUGGAAAGUUUGACCAUUCUUGGUAGUAUCCAACCAGCUGUUGAAAAUGCCAACCUUUUCACCUAUACAACAGGUGCAAACAUGCCAAAUCUCAAGACACUCAUUAUCAAUGACCAAAAAUAUUUCAACUCUUUUCUUGGUUUCCCAUCAACUAAUUUAACUCAAUUAACCACUUGUGAUUUAAAAGGAUUAAAUAUUUCAUCUGGAUUCCCAAGUAACUUUUUAGCUCUGCCAUUAUUAAAUACUUUAAAGUUGAAGAAUAAUUUUAUAAUCUUUGAUAAUAAUGGUGGAACUGUUUCCAAUUCAUUAAAGAAUCUUGAAAUUGGAUUAUCUCCAAACAAACCAACCGUAGAUCUAUCCACCAUGAUGCCAUACCUCGAGAGUCUUGAUUUAGUGAUCAACUCUCAGUUGACACUUACUACUGCACAAGUAUCCAAUCUUGUAGUUUUAUCAAAUCAAGCAUCAUUUACUUUUAAUAGUGUCCAAGUGAAUGCUUUGAAAUAUUUGACAGCUACCAAUACCACUCUUUUAAAUCAACCAUCCUCUCAAAACCUAAUCUCUGUCAUUCUAUCUGGUGUCAGUCAUACCAACACCCCAUUUUAUUUAACUGGGUUCCCAUCAUCCCUUAUUUAUUAUACCGAAGAAAAAGGUCAAGUUACCAAUUUACCAUCAUCAAUUGGUAAUAUUAAAACAAUUAAUUUAAAUGGAAAUGCACAAUUUAAUCCAUCAAGUACAGCAUCAUUAUGUACAGCUACAUCAGUCAAUGUUAAAGGAACAAUGGUAUCAGCAACAACGAUUGAUAAAUGUUUUAUUUGUUAUGCUAAUCAAUUUGAUAUGAGUGGAUGGUUUGAUAUUAAUCCAUCAUCACUCUUGUCAUCUGCCAAUUGUGCUGGUUAUAUUACAUUUGAUAAACCAGUCUAUUAUUCACAUCCAUUUGGUCAAGUAUUGAAUCUUACUGGUACAGGUUUGGGUUGGGGUAUUGGAACGGGCGUCACACCCAAGUUGAUUGCUAUCACUCCCAACAAAUUCUUGCAAUAUCAAGUUGCCGGACAACAAAGCAACCCAAUCAAUAUUGAUUUGGCAUUGUCUGCUAGUAUCACCAAGACUAUUACCGUUAGAUACUUGUCUCCUAUUUUGACAGCCGUCCAAUUUGUACAAGGUGACGGUAUUGUCAAUGUGACAGUCAACGGUACAUUCUUUGAACAACCAACCUUUUCAUUGGACGGUGUCAAUUGUCCAGUGACUGUUCAAGGUUUGAUCGAUGGUAAUGAUACCUCGUUUAUAUGUACUCUUACCCAAGGAUUAAAGGAAGGUCAACAGACUAUUGUUGGAGGUGGUCCACUCUAUGGCAACGGUGCCUUGAUGGUCUAUUUCCUCCGUUCCUAUCCAAUGGUAUCGUCGACCAGUGAUGUCCCCUCGGCAGGUGCGUGGUACUCGGUCCAAGUUUAUCGUCGACCUGCCAGAUAUCACCAUGGAGCCUACGGGCGGGCCAGUCAUCACGCCAGACACGUCCAACCUUGCUGA